ACCCUCCUCCUGCUCAACCGCAUCAACCACCACGCGUCCGCCACCCUCGACCAUGGUCUGAAAAGUAGGCGUUUGUGAGGACUCGAUUGAUGGAACCAGACUGAGACAUGGAAAACCUCUCCAUCUCCGACGCCCCUCCGGCGGCCCCUCCGCCCCAGGGCUCUUCUCAGGCCGGCGGCCCUCCGCAGCCGCCUCCGCAGCUGCCCCCGCAGAUGUUCACGACGGCAGCACAGCUCUUGGAUCUCACGGACAAGAAGCUUAUGGUUGUCCUACGUGAUGGCAGGAAGCUCAUUGGUGUGCUGCGAAGUUGGGAUCAAUUUGCUAACAUUGUGCUGCAAUCGACGACGGAACGCAUCUUCGCGGCGAAUCCGGACAGCGCCCGCUCUGAUACGGCCCCGCGAGGCCUCUUCGCCGACAUCCCGCAUGGUAUUUUCCUCGUUCGAGGCGAGAACGUGCUCCUUCUCGGUGAAAUCGACCUCGACAGGGACGACGACCCACCCCCUGGCUACGAGCCCGCAGAGCUGGAGCUCGUCAAGCGGCUCGCAGAUGAGCACAAGGCAUUGGAGAAGGCUCGGGAUAAGUCGCGCUUUAAGAAGCUCGCCAAGAUGGGCUUCGAGGGCGAGAGCCAAGGCGAGAUUGUCCUUGGUUGAAAAGCCAGGCUGCGGGUAUCUGGGCGCCUGCGAAUGCGCUGAGUGAAGAAAAUAACGAAGGACGCGGAGUGCUAACAUUGAAGGGCGCUUUUUUGGCAGCAAACAUGGUAGUUCAAGACCACAGCGGCGUUGCUCUUUGCAAGCCCUCGGGCCUGGUUUGGGGGCGCAGAAUAUUGUGAAAUGCUCCCCCCAGGUAGGAUGUCUACCUCCUCACCGCAAACGAGGGGGGUUGGACGCGAAUGGCUACCAGACGAUUGGGCAUGGCUCUCCGCAAUGAAGGCACGUCAUGAACUAGGAGUAGCUGAGCAGUCAUUCAUGCCAUGAAACUGAUUUUACGCAGACGGCUGGAUCAAUGAGAAAACAACCAAUCCUUUGGGCCUAAA